AUGUCAAAAGCUAUUGGAAUUGAUUUAGGUACAACAUAUUCUUGUGUUGCUCAUUUCGCUAAUGAUAGAGUAGAGAUCAUUGCUAAUGAUCAAGGUAAUAGAACUACCCCAUCUUACGUUGCCUUUAAUGAUACUGAAAGAUUAAUUGGUGACGCUGCCAAAAAUCAAGCGGCCAUGAAUCCUGCUAAUACAGUAUUCGAUGCCAAAAGAAUGAUUGGUAGAAAAUUCAACGAAGAACAAUUACAAUCAGAUAUCAAACAUUACCCAUUCAAAGUUUUGAACAAAGGUGAGAAACCAGUGAUUGAAGUUGAGUUCAAGGGAGAAAAGAAAACUUUCACCCCUGAAGAGAUCAGUUCAAUGAUUCUUUCUAAAAUGAAAGAAACUGCCGAAGGUUACUUGGGUUCUAAAAUUAAUGAUGCUGUUAUCACCGUUCCAGCUUAUUUUAACGAUUCUGAAAGACAAGCUACUAAAGAUGCAGGUUUAAUCGCUGGAUUAAAUGUUUUAAGAAUCAUUAACGAACCUACAGCUGCUGCUAUUGCUUAUGGUUUAGAUAAGAAAUCUAAUACUUCAGGCGAACAAAAUGUUUUAAUUUUUGAUUUAGGUGGUGGUACAUUCGAUGUAUCAUUAUUAGCCAUUGAUGAAGGUAUUUUCGAAGUUAAAGCUACUGCUGGUGAUACCCAUUUAGGUGGUGAAGAUUUUGAUUCUAGAUUAGUAAAUCAUUUUAUUGCUGAAUUCAAACGUAAGCAUAAGAAAGAUUUAUCUGGUAAUCAAAGAGCUUUAAGAAGAUUAAGAACUGCUUGUGAAAGAGCUAAAAGAUCAUUAUCUUCUUCAGCCCAAACUUCAAUUGAAAUUGAUUCUCUUUUCGAAGGUAUUGAUUUCUACACUUCCAUCACUAGAGCUAGAUUCGAAGAAUUAUGUGCUGAUUUGUUUAGAUCAACUUUAGACCCAGUUGAAAGAGUUUUAAAGGAUGCUAAAUUAGAUAAAUCUCAAGUUGAUGAAAUCGUCUUAGUCGGUGGUUCCACCAGAAUUCCAAAGAUUCAAAAAUUAGUAUCAGAUUUCUUCAAUGGUAAAGAACCUAAUAAAUCUAUUAAUCCUGAUGAAGCUGUUGCUUAUGGUGCUGCUGUCCAAGCUGCCAUUUUAACUGGUGAUACUUCAUCCAAGACUCAAGAUUUAUUAUUAUUGGAUGUUGCCCCAUUAUCUUUGGGUAUUGAAACUGCUGGUGGUAUUAUGACUAAGUUAAUCCCUAGAAAUUCUACCAUCCCAACCAAGAAAUCAGAAACUUUUUCAACUUAUGCUGAUAACCAACCAGGUGUUUUGAUUCAAGUCUUUGAAGGUGAAAGAGCCAAAACUAAAGAUAAUAACUUAUUAGGUAAGUUUGAAUUAUCAGGUAUUCCUCCAGCUCCAAGAGGUGUUCCACAAAUUGAAGUCACAUUUGAUAUCGAUGCUAACGGUAUCUUGAAUGUUUCUGCUAUCGAAAAAGGAACAGGUAAACAACAAAAGAUUACCAUUACCAAUGAUAAAGGUAGAUUAUCUAAAGACGAUAUUGAAAGAAUGGUUAAUGAAGCUGAAAAAUUCAAAGAAGAAGAUGAAAAAGAAGCUGCAAGAAUUUCCGCUAAGAAUGGUUUGGAAUCAUACGCUUACAACCUUAAGAACACUAUCAAUGAUGGUGAAUUGAAAGACAAAAUUGUAGGUGAUGAUAAAGAGAAAUUAACUGCAGCCAUUGAUGAAACAAUUUCAUGGUUAGAUUCAUCUCAAGCCGCUACUACUGAAGAAUACGCUGAUAAACAAAAAGAAUUAGAAUCAGUUGCUAAUCCUAUUAUGUCAUCAGUCUACGGUGCGGCCGGUGGUGCUCCUGGUGGCGCUCCAGGUGCAGCUCCAGGUGGAUUCCCAGGUGGUGCCCCACCUAAUACUGGUAGUGACGGACCAACCGUUGAAGAAGUUGAUUAA